UAUCAUAAUUGUGAGGGUUUUUUUGUCCGUUCCGUUCAGCUGGUGCUCCGUUUACUGAGCUGUUCUCGGUUGUAGCGCAAAAUUUGGCUCACAGACGACGUUGACCGCUGGAGUUCACAUAGUCGUCUGGCUUGUUUUUGCUGAGCAACAUUUGUGUGUCAGACUGCGCUUCCGCCAUGUUGAAGUGAUUCAAGUUGUGACUGACUGCUGGGGAUCGAAGAAGUGACAAGCCCCAGAAAUCGGACUAGAGAUAGAGUUGGGGGGGCUGCUGCUGCCGCUACCGCCGCGCCGGUGACGCAGGAAAAACAACCGAAAGCAGACUUAAAAAAAACCCGUAGGAAUUAGAUCUUUCUGGUAACCUGUUUUGUCUCCUGCGAAACAGUCAGCGAUAUAGGCCACGUUUAUGUAAUAUACGACGACACCAUCGUUCAAGGCUGGACGUAGCCCGUGAAUAGAGGGGGAAGUCCUAUCAAAUUCCUGGUUAUGCAAUGGUCUCAGCGGCCCAUCCAGAUCUCCAGGUGCUUGUGUCCCUCUCUCUCGUGUUCGGGCUCUCAUCCCUCUGCUCUACAGCUGAGGCGGCUGUGAUUUCACUCCUGGCCAGUGCUCCCUAAGAGGCCAAGAUUGCCAAGAUCUGCCCUGUGGCGAGCAUGACGGCCACCACGCGUGGCUCUCCGGUGGGGGGCAAUGACAGUCAGGGCCAGGGCCAGGCACCCGACGCCCAGAGCCAGCCCCCGCUGCCACAGAACCAGACAUCGUCUCCUAACUCAUCCAAUGAGAACUCUCCAGUAAGCCCACAAGAUGAGCAGGGCCAGGGGGAUGGGCCUCCUCAGCUGGAAGAGGAGGAGCCAGCCUUCCCUCACACUGACCUGGCUAAACUGGAUGACAUGAUCAACAGGCCCCGUUGGGUUGUUCCAGUUUUGCCAAAAGGAGAGUUGGAAGUCCUUCUGGAAGCUGCUAUAGAUCUUAGUAAAAGAGGACUGGAUGUAAAGUGUGAGGCGUGCCAGAGGUUUUUCCGAGAUGGUCUAACCAUCUCCUUCACUAAGAUCCUGACAGAUGAGGCAGUCAGUGGCUGGAAGUUUGAAAUUCAUAGGUGUAUCAUCAACAACACACACCGUCUGGUGGAGCUGUGUGUGGCCAAGCUCUCUCAGGACUGGUUCCCUCUACUGGAGCUGCUGGCCAUGGCCACUAACCCCCACUGCAAGUUCCACAUCUACAACGGCACACGGCCCUCUGAGACCGUCCCCGCCGGGGCCCAACUGGCUGACGAUGAGCUCUUCGCCCGCCCCCCGGACCCUCGUUCACCAAAGGGCUGGCUGGUGGACUUAAUAAACAAAUUUGGCACGUUAAACGGGUUUCAAAUGCUGCACGAUCGCUUCAUGAGUGGCCAAGCACUGAACGUCCAGAUCAUCGCUGCACUUAUCAAGCCUUUUGGCCAGUGUUACGAGUUCCUCACGUUGCACACAGUGAAGAAGUACUUCCUCCCAGUCAUCGAGAUGGUUCCCCAGUUUCUGGAGAAUCUCACAGAUGAGGAGCUAAAGAAAGAGGCCAAGAAUGAAGCCAAAAAUGACGCACUGUCCAUGAUAAUCAAGUCCCUGAAGAACUUGGCUUCUCGUGUCCCAGGGCAGGAGGAGACGGUGAAGAAUUUAGAGAUUUUUAGGUUAAAAAUGAUUCUUAGGUUAUUGCAAAUUUCUUCUUUUAAUGGCAAAAUGAAUGCACUAAAUGAAGUAAACAAGGUGAUCUCCAGUGUGUCCUACUACACUCAUCGGCAUAACCCUGAAGAGGAGGAGUGGCUUACUGCUGAGCGCAUGGCGGAGUGGAUCCAGCAAAACCACAUCCUGUCCAUUGUACUGAGGGACAGUCUGCACCAGCCACAGUAUGUCGAGAAACUGGAGAAGAUCCUUCGCUUCGUCAUCAAGGAGAAAGCUCUUACCAUGCAGGAUCUGGACAACAUCUGGGCUGCACAGGCUGGUAAGCAUGAGGCCAUUGUGAAGAAUGUCCAUGACCUCCUGGCCAAACUGGCAUGGGACUUCUCACCUGAGCAGCUUGACCACCUCUUUGACUGCUUCAAGGCAAGCUGGACCAACGCCAGCAAGAAGCAGCGUGAGAAACUGCUGGAGCUGAUCAGGCGCCUGGCUGAGGAUGAUAAGGACGGUGUAAUGGCCCACAAGGUCCUCAACCUGCUGUGGAACCUGGCACACAGUGAUGAUGUGCCUGUUGACAUCAUGGACCAGGCUCUUAGCGCUCACAUCAAGAUACUGGAUUACAGCUGCUCACAGGACAGAGAUACGCAGAAGAUCCAGUGGAUAGAUCGUUUUAUAGAGGAACUACGAACCAACGACAAAUGGGUGAUCCCUGCUCUGAAACAGAUCAGAGAAAUCUGUAGCCUGUUUGGAGAAGCCCCACAGAACCUUAGUCAAACCCAGAGGAGUCCUCAUGUCUUCUAUCGCCAUGACCUGAUCAACCAGCUGCAGCAUAACCAUGCUUUGGUCACCCUGGUGGCUGAGAACCUCUCUGCCUACAUGGAGACCAUGAGGCAGUUCUCUAAAGCAGAACAGGCCGAGUUUGACCCCCAGACGGUGAGGCCAGGGAGCCGCUACAGCCAUGUUCAGGAAGUACAGGAACGACUCAACUUCCUUAGGUUCCUGCUGAAGGAUGGCCAGUUGUGGCUGUGUGCCCCCCAGGCCAAGCAGAUCUGGAAGUGUCUAGCAGAGAAUGCAGUAUUUCUCUGUGACCGCGAGGCUUGCUUCAAGUGGUACUGUCUGAUUUGUCUGUCUGCUCAUUGUAUUCGCUGCCAUACAUUGUCAGUUUAUCAAUUCUGUCCACUCUUUGGUCUUAAAUGCUGUUUGCUUGCCAACAGGUACUCCAAGCUCAUGGGGGAUGAGCCAGACCUGGACCCAGACAUCAACAAGGACUUCUUUGAGAACAACGUUCUGCAGUUGGACCCAUCACUUCUGACGGAGAACGGCAUGAAGUGCUUUGAGAGGUUCUUCAAGGCCGUCAACUGCAGGGAGGGCAAGCUGGUAGCCAAGCGGAGGGCCUAUAUGAUGGAUGACCUAGAGCUAAUAGGCCUGGACUACCUCUGGAGGGUGGUCAUUCAAGGAAGUGAUGACAUCGCCAGCAGAGCCAUAGACUUGCUGAAAGAGAUCUACACCAACCUUGGACCAAAAUUACAAGUCAAUCAGGUGGAGAUCCAUGAGGAUUUCAUCCAGUCAUGUUUUGACCGUCUAAAGGCAUCAUAUGACACCCUGUGUGUGUUGGAUGGUGACAAGGACAGCAUCAACUGUGCCCGUCAGGAGGCCAUCCGCAUGGUUCGAGUGCUUACUGUACUCAAGGAAUACAUCAAUGAAUGUGACAGCGACUACCAUGAGGAGAGGACUAUACUGCCUAUGUCCAGGGCUUUCCGGGGGAAGCACAUCACGCUGAUCGUGCGGUUCCCCAACCAGGGGCGUCAGGUGGAUGACCUGGAUAUCUGGUCUCACACCAAUGACACUAUUGGUUCAGUGCGGCGUGGCAUCCUCAACCGGAUCAAGGCCAAUGCCACUCAUACCAAGAUAGAGCUGUUUAUUGGUGGGGAGGUUGUUGAUCCUGCUGAUGACCGAAAGCUGAUUGGACAGCUUAAUUUGAAGGACAAAACGCUGAUAACAGCCAAGCUGACCCAGGUGAGCGCCAACAUGCCCUCCAGUCCAGACAGCUCGUCUGACUCGUCCACUGGCUCUCCUGGUAACCAUGGCAACCACUACAGCGAUGGGCCCAACCCCGAGGUUGAGAGCUGUCUGCCUGGCGUGAUCAUGUCGCUGCACCUGCGCUACAUCUCCUUUCUGUGGCAGGUGGCCGACCUAGGCUGUAACCUCAACAUGCCCCUGCUUAGAGAUGGAGCCCGGGUUCUCAUGAAGCUCAUGCCGCCAGAUAACACUACAGUGGAGAAUUUACGUGCUGUGUGUCUGGACCAUGCCAAGCUGGGUGAGAACAGCCUUAGUCCCACACUGGACUCCCGCUUCUUUGGCCCCUCACCCUCACAAGUGCUCUACCUCAUCGAGGUUGUGUAUGCCCUGCUGAUGCCGGCCAGUGCCACACUGGGUGAGGAUGCCAGCGACUUCCAAUACAACUUCCUGAAGAGCGGUGGGCUGCCCCUGGUGCUGAGCAUGCUCACUAGGAACAACUUCCUGCCAUCAGCAGAUAUGGAGACACGGCGCGGGGCAUACCUCAAUGCGCUGAAGAUCGCCAAGUUGCUGCUUACUGCUGUAGGCUUUGGGCAUGUCAAGGCGGUGGCCGAGGCAUGCCAGCCCAAUGCUGAGGGGAACAUCCCGGUCUCACCGAUUAAUCAAGCCACUCAUGACCAGGCCUUAGUUCUGCAGAGUGCCCUGCAAAACAUCCCCAACCCUGCUUCAGAAUGCAUGCUGCGCAAUGUAGCCAUUCGGCUGGCCCAGCAGAUUUCCGAUGAGAACUUCUUCCAGGCAUCAAAGUACAUCCCAGACAUCUGUGUGAUCCGGGCAGUACAGAAAAUUGUGUGGGCAUCAGGCUGUGGUACAGUGCAACUUGUCUUCAGCUCCAAUGAAGAAAUCAGCAAGAUCUAUGAGAAGACAAAUGCAGCUAAGGAGCCAGAUGGGGAGGAUGAGCAGGUGUGCUGUGAGGCCCUUGAGGUGAUGACACUGUGUUUCGCCCUCAUGCCCACGGCUCUGGACACGCUCAGCAAGGAGAAGGCUUGGCAGACCUUCAUCAUAGACCUGCUGCUGCACUGCCACAGCAAGUCUGUGCGUCAGAUGGCCCAGGAACAGUUUUUCCUGAUGGCCACCAGGUGCUGUAUGGGCCACCGACCCCUACUCUUCUUCAUCACCCUCCUCUUCACUGUGCUCGGGAGCACGGCCAAGGAACGGGCCAAACAUGCAGGGGACUACUUCACCUUGCUCAGACAUCUGCUGAACUACGCCUACAACAGCAACAUCAACCUGCCUAACGCUGAGGUUUUGCUUAACAAUGAGAUCGACUGGCUGAAACGGAUCAGAGAUGAAGUUAAGAGGACAGGGGAGACUGGUGUGGAAGAGACAAUCUUGGAGGGCCACAUUGGAGUUACGAAGGAGCUGCUAGCCUUCCAGACCCCAGAGAAGAAGUACUACAUUGGCUGUGAGAAGGGAGGAGCUAACCUUAUUAAGGAGCUGAUUGAUGACUUCAUCUUCCCGGCAUCUAACGUCUACCUGCAGUACAUGAAGAGUGGCGAGUUCCCCACAGAGCAGGCCAUCCCAGUGUGCAGCAGCCCCGCCUCCAUAAACGCCGGCUUUGAGCUGCUCGUGGCUCUUGCUGUCGGCUGUGUCCGCAACCUCAAGCAGAUAGUUGACACGCUGACAGACAUGUACUACCUAGGUUGUGAGACUUUGACAGAGUGGGAGUACUUGCCUCCAGUGGGGCCACGGCCCAACAAAGGUUUCGUAGGUCUGAAGAACGCAGGGGCUACCUGCUAUAUGAACUCUGUCAUUCAGCAGCUGUACAUGAUCCCUCCCAUCCGCAACGGCAUCCUGGCUAUUGAGGGUACCGGCACUGACGUGGAUGAUGAUAUGUCAGGGGAUGAGAAACAAGAGAAUGAGAGUAAUGUGGACCCACGGGAUGAGGUGUUCAGCUACCAUCACCAGUUUGAUGACAAGCCUUCCAGUAAGUCAGAGGACAGGAAAGAGUACAACAUCGGGGUGCUCCGCCAUCUACAGGUCAUCUUUGGCCAUCUGGCUGCCUCCAGGCUGCAGUACUACGUCCCUAGGGGGUUUUGGAAGCAGUUCAGGUUAUGGGGUGAGCCGGUGAACUUGCGGGAGCAGCAUGAUGCUCUGGAGUUUUUCAACUCUCUGGUGGACAGUCUGGAUGAAGCUCUGAAAGCCCUGGGUCAUCCAGCAAUGCUCAGUAAGGUGCUGGGAGGCUCCUUUGCUGACCAGAAGAUCUGCCAAGGCUGCCCCCAUCGGUAUGAGUGUGAGGAGUCAUUCACCACACUCAAUGUAGAUAUCAGAAACCACCAGAACCUGUUAGACUCCAUGGAGCAGUAUGUUAAAGGAGAUCUGUUGGAGGGAGCCAAUGCCUAUCACUGUGAGAAAUGCAACAAGAAGGUGGACACAGUGAAGCGCCUGCUGAUCAAGAAGCUGCCUCCCGUCUUGGCCAUCCAGCUGAAGCGUUUCGACUAUGACUGGGAGAGAGAGUGUGCGAUCAAGUUCAACGACUACUUUGAGUUCCCCAGGGAGCUGGACAUGGAGCCGUACACCGUGGCUGGGGUGGCCAAACUAGAGGGGGACGAUGUCAACCCAGAGAACCAGGUGAUCCAACAGAAUGAGCCGUCAGAGCCCACGCCACCUGGCAGCUCAAAGUACCGUCUGGUGGGGGUGCUGGUUCACUCGGGCCAGGCCAGUGGAGGACAUUACUACUCCUAUAUCAUCCAGAGGAAUGGGGGUGAUGGUGAGAGGAACCGCUGGUACAAGUUUGAUGAUGGUGAUGUGACUGAGUGCAAGAUGGACGAUGAGGAGGAGAUGAAAAACCAGUGCUUUGGAGGGGAGUACAUGGGUGAGGUGUUCGACCACAUGAUGAAGAGGAUGUCAUACCGCAGGCAGAAGCGCUGGUGGAAUGCCUACAUCCUGUUCUACGAGCGCAUGGACUCACUGGAUAAGGACAGCGAGCUUGUCAAAUACAUCUCGGAGCUGACCAUCUCCUCCACCAAGCCACACCAGGUCAAGAUGCCCGGUGUCAUCGAGUGCAGCGUCCGCAAGCAGAACGUCCAGUUCAUGCACAACAGAAUGCAAUACAGCCUGGAAUAUUUCCAGUUCAUUAAGAAACUCCUGACCUGUAACAGUGUCUAUUUAAAUCCCCCUCCAGGACAAGACCAUCUUCUGCCAGAGGCAGAGGAGAUAGCUAUGAUAAGUGUUCAGCUGGCUGCUAGGUUCCUCUUCAGCACAGGCUUCCACACCAAGAAAGUAGUACGGGGUCCUGCCAGUGACUGGUAUGAUGCCCUCUGCGUCCUGCUGAGACACAGUAAGAAUGUACGCUACUGGUUUGCACACAAUGUCCUCUUUGCCUACGCCAACCGGUUCUCCGAGUACCUGCUGGAAUGCCCCAGCGCUGAGGUCCGUGGUGCGUUUGCCAAACUCAUAGUCUUCAUCGCACACUUCUCCCUACAAGAUGGCCCCUGUCCCUCUCCCACUGCUUCUCCUGGACCUUCUGCUCAGGGCUGUGAUAACCUCAGUCUGAGUGACCACUUGUUGAGAGCUGUCCUCAACCUGCUCAGAAGAGAGGUUUCUGAACAUGGCCGUCACCUGCAGCAGUACUUCAACCUCUUUGUCAUGUAUGCCAAUCUAGGCUUGGCAGAGAAGACGCAGCUGCUGAAGCUGAGUGUCCCAGCUACCUUCAUGUUAGUAGCUCUUGACGAAGGUCCAGGCCCUCCCAUUAAGUACCAGUAUGCUGAACUGGGCAAACUCUACACUGUGGUCUCCCAGCUGGUGCGCUGCUGUGACGUCUCCUCACGCAUGCAGUCCUCCAUUAAUGGUAACCCUCCACUCCCCAACCCAUAUGGUGACACCAACCUGACAGCCCCAGUGAUGCCCGUCCAGCAACUGGUGGCAGAGAUCCUGUUUGUGAGAACAAGUUAUGUGAAGAAGAUCAUCGAGGACUGCAGCAACUCUGAAGAGACGGUGAAGCUGCUACGCUUCAGCUGCUGGGAGAACCCACAGUUCUCCUCCACUGUGCUCAGUGAACUGCUCUGGCAGGUAGCGUACUCCUACACCUAUGAACUGAGGCCUUACCUGGACUUGCUGCUACAGAUCCUGCUUAUUGAGGACUCCUGGCAGACACACAGGAUCCACAACGUGCUGAAGGGCAUUCCUGAUGACAGAGACGGGCUGUUUGACACUAUCCAACGCUCCAAGAACCACUACCAGAAACGGGCCUACCAGUGCAUCAAGUGCAUGGUGGCCCUCUUCAGCAAUUGCUCUGUGGCCUACCAGAUCCUUCAGAGUAAUGGUGACCUGAAGCGCAAGUGGACGUGGGCAGUGGAAUGGUUAGGGGAUGAGCUGGAGAGGAGGCCAUACACAGGCAACCCCCAGUAUACCUACAACAACUGGUCCCCUCCCGUCCAGAGCAAUGAGACCUCCAACGGCUACUUCCUGGAGCGCUCCCACAGUGCACGCAUGACGCUGGCCAAGGCCUGUGAGCUCUGUCCUGAGGAGUGUCACAUAACGAAGCACGAGGUGGUGUCUGAAGAAGACGCCACGAUGCCGAAAUCAUCCUCGCCACAACAGCUUUUGCCAGGGGAAGGGACAGGAGAGCAGCAGCACACUGAGCCCGAUGACCAGGAAGCACCUGAUGAUCAGGACUCCUCCCCACCUGAGGACACUUCCCUCUAUCCACAUUCUCCUGGAACCAACCAGUUUCAGCAGAACAACCACCCCCACGGGCAGCCAUACACCGGGCCUGCUGCUCAGCACAUGAACAACCCCCAGCGCCCUGGUCCUGCCUCCGCCCCGGCUCCAGGCUCUACCCAGACCCCGACCCCAGGCCCUGGUCCCGCUCCUGGCCCGGGGCCGCGAGCACAAGAGAACUGGGAGAGCACUGAGGAGGUCACCCCUGCUCCUUCCUCCACCCCAGCACCUGCCCCACCUAAGGAGUAACAUCCCCUCCCCCUCUGCUGUGCCUCGAGCCUCCAUCGUCCCGCUCUCCCUCCUCUCAUCCUCCGGUCGACAGAGCUCCUCAUCGGGACACUCUCUCUCUCUCUAUCUCUCUCUGGCCCUCAGGGCAGGGCAGAGCCAGGCCUCCCAUCCCCUCUCCAGGCCACUAAAGAGAGUCUCUCCCCCAUCAGCCUGGGGGAGGUGCUCUUCCUGGCCUGGGGCUGCCUGCCCUUGUGACUUGGGCCUGCUGGUGACUGCAGAGGCGAGGGAGUGGAUAGAGUUGUAAUAAAGAAAAAAAAUUUACCCAGACCUGACGAUGCUGAUGCGCUUGUCUACACGACGAAAAGGUGUACAUAGUAUGUUAAUGUUUUUGACUGUUCAAAUCCCCCGGUAGCAUAACUGUGUCUGGUUUGCUGUUGGGAGAUCUUGCAGAUCUAAUGAAAAACAAAAUGGAUACUAUAAAUAAACAAAACAAAACAAAAAAAAUACACAAAAAAAAAAAUAAACUCUGUAAGAAGACAAAAACUCCUCUUUGUUUUAUCACCCAUGCUCAGCAGUAAGGUUUGGUCUACCAUUGGACGGUUACUGGUCAUUCAACUGUAGGAGGACGCAUUGUUAUUAUCAUAAUUAUAUUAUUAUUCUUCUUAAGCUCCUUGGCAACCUUAUGACCCAUGCCAAAUCAACUCACGAGCUGUGGUUGGUUGUAGUGUGAGAUGUGGAAUGGUUGGGUGAACUUUUACGGUGUUUGGUUGAUGUGAAAAAGCAGUGAUGCAACAUUGUUCUGAAACUCAUUGCCUUUCUCUUUUUUUGUUUGUUCUGGUAAUUAAUUCAAUCCUUUUGAAGCUCUAGUUAAUAUGCUGUAACAUUUAGCAUGGCUUCUCACCAGAAUAGUGUAGCCCAAUGGAAGACUUAUGAUCAUAACAACUACAGCUGUUGUUCUUAAUCCACAGCUCCAGAGGGGAGUUACCCUUUGUUUUUGUUUUUUUGUUUGUUUUUUUGGAUUUUUUUUUUUUUUUUUUUACUCAUCUACCCCUUGUACAUUGAGGGCAGUAUUUUGAACCAAUGUAUGAAUAAGUGGCUUUUCAAUUGCACAUUAUUAUAAUCCUCCACCUUCACAUUCGGCAGUCAGUUUUGGUGGGAUAGACAGCUUAGCUUUCAUCGAUAGGAAUUCUGAAAAAUGAAACACAUAUGCAACAGAAUUGCUACACUGGGAUACCUGGUGUAUAAUAGACUGUGUGGUUUGCUUCUGUCUCUAGAUAGAGCCUAGUCUUAGACAGACUUCUUGCCCAUUGGCUUCCAUUCUGCCAUGGAGCUGGCCAGGUUGGGUGUCUGACUCCUGCCCAGGCCAGGCAGCUGACCCUGAGCUGCAGUGAGACCUCUUCCUCUCUCUCCACGGAGAAUUGGCUCCACCGCAGGGUUGUACCAUAAGAAUAGCGGCUGGUUAGUCAUGUUGCAACUUGAGCUAACGUGUAAUUCUGUAGGAGUAAAAGGUAAACAUCAGUAAAUACUGUAUUUAAUUGGUAACUUGAAUGCGUGUAUUUUUUGGUUUUCUUUUUUUUUUUUUGUCUAAAACAUACCAAAUACUCCUGCAAUUGAAAAUAUUCUGCCCACCGUAUUAUAUUUAAAUAUUUUGCUCUUAUUUUAUAGAAUUUAUUUUGUUGUAUUUCACUAAAAAAUAGAAUUUGAUUUAAGAGGAACAUUUUUGUCCUUGUGUUAUUUUUAAAGAAGAUAUUGACUGUACAGAGUUCUGCGCCCUGUUUUUGCCGACUUUUGUUUUGGCCAUGGUGUGACGUUGAAUUCUGGAGCUACAGUCGCGAUGUGAACUUUCACUUUGUGAGGUUUUUUGUGCACAGAAAUAUAACAAAAAAAGCAUUGCGCCCUUAGCAAAUAAAGAACAUGGAAUCUUGA